AUGAAAUUCCGCAAGAACCCACGCACGCCGACCUGCUCUUCAAAGACUUUCAAGUCUCUGAGACUGGAAGGUAUUGAGAUACAAAAGCUCGAUGUUACUGCCAAGCACAACUUCUCAACUAGUGGACGCAAUGCCACUGGAGGUGUCGGUAUUAUUCCCGACAUUCCAGGUGUUACGACUCCCACCGUGGAUCUCUGUUUGAUCACAUUGACAUACACACACCCCGGCCAACACGAUCUUAUCAACACUUACAUUGGGCUUCCACUAAACUCGAAGGAUUGGAACUCCCGAUUUUUGAUGCAUGGAGGGGGAGCAUGGUAUUCCGGCGGCCCAAGCAGUGUUCUGACGCCAGUCCUACUCGGGUAUGCAUCAUCAUCCACGGAUGGGGGACAUGGAGCUAGCGCUUCCACUGCGGACUGGGGCUUGACCAGUCGAGGGAAAACAAAUUGGCCUGCCCUUCGCGACUUCUCCAGCGUUGCCCUUUCCGAAGCUGCAGUUCUCGGAAAGCUCGCGACCAAAUUGUAUUUCGGUACUAAGGCCGAGUAUUCAUACUGGCAUGGCUGCUCUACUGGUGGUCGUCAAGGACAUGCGCUAGCACAAGAACACCCGGAACUAUUUGAUGGGAUUGUCGCCGGGGCUCCUGCUAUUUCUUGGGAUAAAUUUGCGACUGCUGGACUCUGGGGGCCAUUUGUUGCGCAACUGUUAGACACACAGCCUCCUGUGUGCGUUGUUGAUGCCUUCACACAAGCUGCGAUUGCGGAAUGUGAUGGACUAGAUGGAGUCUCAGACGGCAUCAUAGCGUACCCAGGGCAAUGUCACUUCGAGGCAUUCUCCCUUGUCGGCCAAGAAGUGAACUGUACCGACCCUUCGGGAACUAUCACCAUCACUGAAAACAUGGCUGAGCUGAUUUCUGCCUUAUGGGAUGGACCACACUCAACAAACGGGCAAUCCUUGUGGCACGGGUUCCAUUAUGACUCCAGUCUUGCCUACAUGAUUGGAACAAGUUGCACUUCCAUUGACAAUUGCACCAUAGUACCUUUCUCGGUCUCUGAAGACUGGGUAAGCGUUUUCCUCGCUCGGAACCCAUCCUUCAAUAUCGAUGGUGUCACUCGUCAAGAGUACGACAAUUUCUUUCAACAGUCCAUCGAUGAGUAUGCCUCUGUCAUUGGCACUUCAAAUUCCGACCUCUCAAAAAUGAAAAAGACAGGAACGAAAAUGCUGGCCUGGCACGGCAUGGCCGACCAGUUGGUUCCGACAAAUGGUACAAUCGAGUACUAUGAACAGACAAGAGACAUCGAUGCGGAUGUCGCCGACUACUACCGUUUGUUCCUCGCGCCAGGUGUGACUCAUUGUGGAUUCGGAAGCGGUUUCGAUCCCGCUGAGAAAGUUUUUGACACUAUGAGGGCGUGGGUUGAGAAUGGCACAGUUCCAGAUCGUUUGGAGGGCGUGGCCGUGGCUGUGGGGAACACUUCUGCUACUCGUACGGGGUGGUUGUGUCCCUAUCCCCAGGUUUUCACGUACAUCGGUGGGGAUUUCAAUAGUGCCUCGUCAUUCGCUUGUCAUUGA